AUGGCCGACCAAACGAACGCCUUUCAGGCCCUGUCAAGCGAUAAUCGCGGUACUAUCAUCACCUUGACCUCGGUGUCCCUUUUGAUUGUGGCCAUAAUAUUUGUGCUGGCUAAGUUCAGUUCGGCCAUUUAUUUCAAGCAGCGACGGACAGCGGUCAAUACUCCCAUCUGGGCAGCUUUGGUUCUUUCAAUUAUUCAAGUCGUUGUCUUACAAAAGGGAGUUGAUAAUGGAUUGGGGAAGCACGAGGCACGACUUAGCGAUGGCGAUAUCCAAGCCUGGAACAAGUUCGCUUUUGCUGCUCACAUUCUGCUCAUCAUUGUCUUGUCGCUUUCCAAAAUGUCGACCAUUCUGCUAGUUUGGAAGUUAACGCCGAGCAAGAGUCUGCGUCGCAGCUGUGUUAUCACUGCUGGUAUAGUUGUCGGUUGGGCGAUCUUCGCAGUAUUUGGUAUAGCCUUUCAGUGUGAAAUGCCCGCUCCGUGGCUAUACUCCCCGAAGCGAUGUGCUGGACAGGGAGCCAUAUUCUACCCGAUCGCAGUCCUCAACAUCCUCACAGAGGUUAGCAUCGUUGUCCUACCGUUCCUUAUGAUGCGGAAUGUCCAGAUGGUCCUGUCCAAACGGGUGAAGAUCCUGUCCUCCUUCUCUUCGCGCCUACUUAUCGUCGGCCUCGGAAUCGCCCAUCUAGCUCUUCUACCUUCAUUCGUCCACUCAACCGACGUCUCCUGGGAUAUCGUCAACUGGGAAGUGAUUGGCCAGGCAAUGAUGCUCACAACAGUCGUAAUCGCCUGCGUCCCAACCCUCUACCACAUCUUCGCCGGCCUACACUCAGGCCUAACCACCACCCAAAUUCCCGACGCAAUCGGGCUCGAGCUCCCACAGACCAAGGUCAGCGGAUAUAUCAAUCAAUCUUCCUCCGGAGCAAGCCAGUCGCACUCGCGGUCACGGUCGCGUGGGCGGUCGAAAAAGAAUGGGCGGUCAAUGUUUGAUGGGUGGGGAGGUCAGACCGGGGUUAUCACUGAGGUUACGUCAGGUCGGAAUUUGAAUCAGAAUGAGGAUGAUGCUAGGCAGUCUAGUUCGAGUGAGGGGACGGAGAGUACGAGGCAUUUGACGCAGGAUGCUCAAGGGAAGGGUGCGGUGCUAAAGACAGUGGAUGUCACGGUGGAGGUUGAGGAGCAUGAUCAUUGGAACCGCCUUUGA